AUGGCAAACACAGCACCCAAAAUCGCCGGGCUCGAGCGUAUCGAGAACCCCGAUGUUAUCGAUCGCAAGGCCGAAACCCUUGUGGGCUAUAUCCGAAAGGCAAAGCACAUAAUCGCGUUCACCGGGGCUGGUGUCUCGACGUCUGCCGGCAUCCCCGACUUUCGAGGCCCUGAUGGCGCGUGGACGCUUCGGGCCCAGGGACGGGAGCGCACCGGGAAGACGACAAAUACGCUGCAGGCCAUUCCGACGCUGACACACAUGGCAUUGGUCGAGCUCCAGAACCAGGGCAUCCUGAAACUUCCGCGCCGUGUCCACAUACGAAAAGUCCAUCCGCGACCACCGCACCGGCCGCAAGUGCGCUUCGUGGCACGGCGUCCUCCUCGACACGAUCAUCAACUUUGGCGAGAACCUCUCGGCCGCCACCCUGCAGCGCGCGCGAGACCACGCCGCCUCCGCAGACCUCUGCCUCGCCCUCGGCUCCUCGCUGACGAUCCCCCCGGCCUGCGAGAUCCCGGAGACGGUGGGCGGCGGCGCGGCGCGCCGGCGACCUCGUCAUCUGCAACCUGCAAACGACGCCGCUGGACGGGCUCGCGCGCCAGCGUGUCUUCGCCCAGGACGGACGAUCUCAUGGCGGCCGUCAUGGCCAAGCUGGGGCUCGCGAUCCCCGCGUUUCGCCUGCGGAGGCGGCUCGUCGUCGAGCUCGAGACGACGGGCGACGAGCGGCAUGUGCUGCGCGUCAGGGGCGUCGACGUCGACGGCACGCCGGCGACGUUUCUGCGGUCGGUCAAGAUUGCGCAUGCGCGGCGGCCUGCGCGGACGGAGCCGUAUGUCAUCCACUUCAACACGCGGCUGCCGGUUGGCGCGCCGCUGCGCAUCGAGCUGGAGUUUAUGGGCCAUUACGGCGAGCCGAAUUUGGAGAUUGCGCACGAGUACAAUGGGGUCAAGGAUGGGCAUACGCAGUAUGGGCUGGAGUAUGACCCCGAGAGCGGACAGUGGACGACGAGCGUGGUGAUGAGAGGGGUGUAG